CAGCACCUGCUCAAUACAAUGGAUAGUCUGCCAACCACAUAUAUGUACAGGCUACAGCAUUAAUGGUCGGGACAUGCUAAGCCUUCUGUCUUUCUCUCUCCCCUUGACGGCCCUAUGUUGAUCUGUCUCCCUCCUUUCAGGCUGUCCCCUCUUCUGCAGUCCCUCCACCACCUGCUGCGGCUGCCAUUUCCUUUUCCACCUCCACUAGCUGCCGUGAAUCAAGAAUCGGUUGCCAAGUGUUUGAUGAUAAGCUUAUGUCACAGCCACCAUAUGUGAUAAUACAUUCAGAACCGAUGCUCCUCUGCACUAUCUUAGGCAGAAGAAGAUUGCAAAGAGUUCUCUAUCAGACCAGUUGGAAUGCGUACUUUGUGUUAUUUCCAUCAUUUGCUGUCCUGUUGAUUACUUCUUUGGCGAUUUUGUCAUUGUGGCCUCAAAUUUUAUUGCUCAAGUCAUCAACUUCGGCUGAAGAGGGGACCAACUCAACAAAGGUUUUUAAAGUCCGAGAAAAUCUGAAGGAGAGUCUUCCAUGUUCGUCUUUGCUAGGACUCAAUUGUGAUUGCAAUGGCACACACCAGAGCUCGGUCUUAUCUCCGUCUCUUUUACAAACAAAGACCAAGUCAUGUAGUCCUUACCACAAUUGGGAACUUUUCAAUGCAGAUUAUCAGGAAAUGUUAAAAAAACUAAAGAUUUUUGUGUACCCAGAUGUUUCCAUGAACAACAAAUCAUCCCCUUUUGCCCGUAUUUUUCUUCCUCAUCCAGAUCCCACAGAUCCAAAAGUGGGGAAUUAUUUCAGUGAACAUGCAUUUAAGUUGGCUUUUCUGCGGAGUCCCUUUGUUACCCAACAUCCCGAGAAGGCUCAUUUCUUCUUUAUGCCCUUUUCCAUCAAUGCCAUGCGAAAUCAUCCUCUUCUACGUUCAGAGUCAUCCAUUUCCAAUUUUGUUGCUAAAUAUGUUUUGAGGAUCAGCUCUGAAUUCAUGUUCUGGAAUGCGUCUGGGGGUGCCGAUCACUUUUAUGUCUGCUGUCAUUCAGUUGGGCGGGAGGCAGCCUCCAAACAUAUAAUUCUGCGUAAUAAUGCAAUUCAGCUUACUUGUUCGUCCAGCUAUUUUCAGAGGCUUUAUUCUGCACACAAGGAUGUAGCACUGCCUCAAGUUUGGCCCCGCCGCAGUGAUAAAGUCUUGAAUCCUCCAAAUGCAAGAAACAAACUUGUCUUCUUUGCUGGACGAGUUCAGAACUCUGGCAUUAGGCAGCAGUUAUUAACUUUGUGGAGAAAUGAUACUUCUUUCGAUAUAUUCUCAGGACAUCCAUCUUAUCCUUAUGAGGAAGGUUUCAGGAGAAGCAAAUACUGCCUCCAUGUAAAAGGUUAUGAGGUAAACACGGCCAGAGUUAGUGAUGCUAUCCACUAUGGAUGUAUUCCCGUUCUGAUAUCCAACUACUAUGACCUUCCAUUUGCUAAUAUUCUUGAUUGGAGCAAAUUUUCGAUUGUUGUCAACCAAGCAGAUGUUGCUCUCUUGAAGCACAUCUUGACGUCGGUAUCUGAGCAGACCUACCUAAACCUCUAUCAAAACUUAUGCAUGGUUAGGAAGCACUUCAAGUGGCAUGCUGACCCUGUGAGUUACGAUGCCUUCCAUAUGACGGCUUACCAGUUAUGGCUGAGACGAGGCUUGCAUCGCUUAGUCACCUAGUAAGUCAAAUGUGCUUUGAUAUAUGAUUAUUAAUAUAACUUGUCGUCUCCACAAUGUUAAUAAGUUCCGUAACAUUUUGUCGUAAGCCACUUAAUGCUCCUGUUGUGCUGAAGGUUAUUAGUUCAUCCAUUACAGCAUCAUCUUACUCUUGUUCGUAUGAUAAGAAGGUUGGGCAGUUACUAAAACGUAUUAUGUGUUUCACAUAAGAAGCUCAGUCUUGAUGAUUUUGAAAAUGAAGAAAUAGUACAUUUCAGUUCAUGAGAUCUUUUAUUAUAGUUCAGUAGCACAUCUCAUUUUAUAUUUAAGAUAAUUACAU